GCUUCAUAGGGCAGCGGCGGCAUCCCCAUCACCACCGCCACGACCAUUCGAGCGGACAUCGCAGUUAGUCGAGCCGUGUGCAGCGGGUCGCCGCCCGAGUAGCCAAACAAAGAAUGGCGAAUUUCACGGCAAGCGGCGGUCUGGGCAAGAACGGCAUGCUUCAGGGUUCCUGGGACCCGAUGAACUUCGUGAAUGAGGUCCCGACGCCUGCGUGUCUGAUGAGAGUGACGCGGGACAUAGCCGACAUCAAGGCCGACCCGCUGCCCGGCAUCCACAUCUCGCCCGAGGAGAGCGACCUCACCAGGAUCCACGCUCUCGUGGUGGGACCGGAGGGCACGCCGUACGAGGGCGGCUUCUUCCACUUCUUUCUCAAGUGUCCCCCGAACUACCCGGUUCAGCCGCCCCGAGUGCGCCUGAUGACCACGGACGCCGGUAGAGUGCGAUUCAACCCGAACCUCUACGCCAACGGCAAGGUGUGUCUCAGCAUCCUCGGCACAUUUCCCGGACCAGCCUGGAGCCCAGCACAGGGCAUAGGCAGCGUCCUGGUCUCGAUACAAUCGCUGCUCAACGAGCAGCCUUUCUACAACGAGCCAGGUAUGGCACAACUGGGAUGGCGGGUAGAGUCCCAGCAGUACAACGACAGAGUGCAACACGACACCGUCAGGGUGGCCAUCUGCGACGCAGUGGGAGCAUCCCUUAAGAACGACCCUCCCUGCCCGCGAGACCUGGCGGAGGUCAUCCUGAAAACGUUCGCCGAGUCGUACAACAAGUACGAGCAGAAGGUUCAAUCCCUGAUCCAGAACAAUACCGAUGACCUUAACAAAAAAUGA